UCGAUUGAAAAUGAAAAACAAUGAUGCUAAGGCAAACAAACUAGGUUUCUCUAACCUAAUUUUUUCAACAUGUUUUAAGUAAAAUGUAAACCAAAUUUUCAAGUAUUCUGGACCUUACUGAACAAAUUCUAGUGUUUAAAAUAAAAGAAGCUAAAAGAAGAAAUAGAAAAUGCAAUAGCACUAUUUAUCAGUAAGAUGAAAUCUUCGAUAUUCCAAUAAGGAAACUAGAUUCUGUUUAACCAUUCGCAUCUCAUAAAGUAAAAAGAAAAUGGACAUGGAAAAGCAUGACGACGCUCCGAAGGACGUAAAACGGGCUGCUCCUGUUGAGCGGGAAAUAAACAAGGGGCAAAAGGAUGACACGUUUGAAGGAUAUCCACAAGUGGUGGAGAAGAAAAAAAAAUGGGAACACUGCGAUAAACCUCCUUCGAAGAAAUCAAAGCAUUCAGCGAAAUCAGACAGGGAUUGUUGCCAGCAACGAAAAGAAAAGAGACAAAAGGCAGCAAAAUACAUAAUGAUUUCGGUGCCUGAGAAACCGUGUGUACUACCAAAGUUAGACAUCGUGCCUAGGCAUUGCUUGACCAAGCAAAAGUACAUCGACAUGUUGGCCACGCCAAGUCGGAAAUGCCCCCCGGAAUGCUAUUCAAAGCCGGUGCUUAGGAAACUAAAGCCAGUGUCGCCACGAAUUAAAGAAUUGGCCCAACCGACGAGGCAACGAAUGUUAAUGGCAUUGCAGCAAGGCGCGGCUACGCUACCACCGGCUUUUCUGGAUAAUCUCGUUCGAACAUUGGAAAACGAGACUUGCUUGACACCCGAACAAGCGGCGGUGGCAUCGCGGAAAAAGAAACAUCAGAAAAAGGCAAAGGGAAGAAAAAGUAAACGGCUGUUCAAAGAGACGAGGAAAUCGAGGAAAUUGACUAUCGGUGUGACGAGCACAGGAUCGACGUUCGACAAGGAUCCGGUCUCUUGCCAAUACCUUAUAGCCGAACGUUUCGUCCGGAGUAUAUUAAAAUGGAAAUGUCCGAUACCCAAAGCGGAGUUCAACGAUAUCUCGAAAGUAAUAAUUCAACGUUUAAUCGAUACGCUCGAGUACACUCCUCCGCAGGACGAAGACCGGAAAUCGCAGCAGCUACGUUUCUUGGCCGACGCGAUAGCCUGUUGGGUAACUGGAGUAUUGUCCGAGGUUGCGGAAAAUCAAGAGAAAAAGUUGAUCGAACGAUGCCGGAAGAAAGAAGAGGAGAUGAAGGGGGACGAGGACGAGGACGACGACGAUGAUGACCGUGGUGAUGAGGAUAAAGGAAAGGACCAGCUUGAGGAAGACGAGGACGAGGAGGAUGAAGAGGAUGAAGAUUUAACUGACAGGAGCGGAAAGAGCGAAGAUAGGGAAAGAGAAAAAUCAAGAGAAGAGGUGGUGGAAGAGAUGGAGGAGAUGGAGGAAGAGAUAGAGGAUGCAUCGGGUGCCGAAGUAAUCGAUGAAACGGACAUCCGAGAAACGGAAGGUGAGGAACAAGCGGAGACACAAGUAGAGGAACAAGAUUUGGGAAUACAGACGGAAUCGAAGGUGGAAGAAGGUACGGAACCGCAAGCUGAAGUAACAGCAGAAGCGGAAACUGAAGCGGAAGGUCCAGCUACAGCAGACGCAGCUGUGGAAGUAGACACGAUCGCGAAAGAGGAGACGGACAAAGAACAGCAAUUAACGGCAGAGCUAGUACCGGAACCGGAACCGGAACCGGAAACAGAAGUAAUAACCGAACCACCGGAAGAAGCAGAAGUAAAACCAGAAAUCGAGAUAACAACAAAACCAUCCGAAGAAUUACCAGUGGAGCCGAUAGUUGAGGAAACGGAAGAGCAACCAGCGGAAAGUGAGGAACCAGUUCCAGAGGUAGGAGAAACAGAAGAAAUAACCGACGAGGGUGCAAUUCCCACGGAGGAAUUAGAUGCGAGCGUGCCAACAGAAGAAGAAGAAAAAGAAAAAGAAGAAGUAGAAGCGUUAGAAACCGAGGAAGGCGGAGAACCAUUAGAAACGGAGGAAGGCAAGAAAGAGGAGUCUAUAACCGCGUUAGAGACGAAAGCUCCAUCUGAAAUGGGACUUCCGAAAGAUGUGAUGAAGGAUCUAGUCGAAUUAUUCAAAACCGAUCUUCCUUUCCUUACGUUUGGUAAAAUUAUCGACACCAUUAAUAAAAUGAUCGCGGAAACUCCGGAGAAUACGGGCGAGGAUCCGAUAACGAACGGUAUUCAUCGUGCGAUUUACGAGAAGCUGAGGAACAUCGUGAUGCUGGAAAAUCCUGAACUUUUAACGGAAGAGUUAGAGAACGUGAUGAACGUAGUAUGCGGAAAGAUAGCAAAUUGGUUAAGAUCGAUCCUGAGCAAAUCUCAACUGGCGUUCAUGAAACAAUUCGUGCCGGAAGUGGAAUCGAAGGAAAUCCGAGAUUGGACGAAAUGGUUGUCGUACAUCAGCGACGUGGCUAAGGAUUGGAACGGGUGGUUACGCGACGUGAUCGAUAAGAUGUUUGAAAUGGAAAGCGCGCCGAUCACUCGGGGUGAAUGGCGAGAUUGGACGAAAUCCGUGGACACGAAAGCCUUGCUUUGGAGGCGGUUCCAUCUUCAAAUUAGACAUCAAGCGCAUCGUAACGUUACCAUGAUAUCUGGUCGUCACGUUGUUAAAACGGGCACUAAAAAACCGAUCUCUGCCGAUCAGUCCGAACAACUAUUCGCUACAGAUUUGCAUAUCUGAAGUACAAAAAAAAAAA